AUGGCCAGCACAGCGUCUGCUCGCGCGCCGGCAUCGAUGCCUGGGUUUCUGUUCGGCCUUUUCGGCCUCUUACUCGCGUACUCCGCCCGGGCGGGGCCGGAGUCGGCGCCGGGCGAUCGGUGCCCGGAUUAUGUCGCACGUCAUGCACCCCUGAUAUGGCUUCAUUCGGAUGAUCCUUUCAAACCCAGCGACCUCCUCACUCAUGUCCGCCAUACCACUCCCAUGCUAGACGGGAACCCGAUACCUGAUCUACCGUCUCUGGACCUCGACAAUUUGGAUAUUCUCAACCAAUACGGAGAGAAGAAUAUCGCACUCACUUCCAACGAUGAUCCCCUCACCUACCCGCAAUGGCUUUAUGGUGAAGCCCCCGAUGCUGACGGCCGGAUCCACAACUCCACGCCAUGUGUAGUGGUUUUGGUUGAGAAGAACCAGCGCGAUCUAGAUGCAUUCUUCUUCUACUUCUACUCAUUCAAUGAAGGGCCCAACAUCACCCAGGUUCUCGAGCCACUCAAGCACAUUGUAAAGGGCGAAAAGGUGGAAUCCGGGAUGCAUUUUGGUGAUCACGUCGGGGAUUGGGAGCACAACAUGGUUCGCUUCCGAGAUGGCAAUCCUACCGGUAUCUACUUCAGCCAACAUGUAGAUGGUUCAUCAUACCAUUGGGAUGACUCGAAGCUUUCCAAGUCUGAUGGAAGACCCAUUGUGUACAGUGCUCGGGGCUCUCAUGCCAAUUAUGCAGCAGCAGGGAAUCAAAUACACAACGUAGUCCUGGUAGAUUACUGCGAUGAGGGUCAGAAGUGGGACCCAGUUCUCUCGGCCUACUUCUAUCGUUUCGACGCUCAGUCUUUCAGGUUCACGCGGAUAGACCCCCCCGACGGUCUUGCUUCCUCGCCUUCGCCAUCUGCCAACUUGACAUCUCUCAUUUACUACGCUGGCCGCUGGGGCGAUGCCCAGUGGCCCGACUCGGAUCCCCGACAGGACACAGUACCGAAAUUCGGACUCAAGCGCUUCAACGCAGGACCAACUGGACCACGACAUAAACAUCUCGUUAGAAAGGGACUUAAGCCGGAUCAGAGACGAAAGAUGGGAUGGACGGAGUGGUUUGUGGACAAGAUGGCAACUGCAUUUUUGAUGGGUGGUCACGACUUCAAACCCGACAGGGACAUACCGGACCUCACUGGUAAGGUAAUCAUCGUAACGGGUGGAAACGCCGGCCUCGGUCUGGAAACUAUUCGCCAAAUCGCCAAACACAAUCCCGCGCACAUAUACCUCGCGGGUCGCUCGAAGGAAAGGGGGGAGAAGGCCAUCGAGGCUUUGAGAAAGGAGGGCGCCAGCAUAGCACCAAUCUCGUAUCUCCCUUUGGACCUCUCAUCAUUCGACAGCAUCAAAGCCGCAGUCCAGUCGUUCAAGGAAUCUUCUCAACGGCUGGACCUGCUCAUCAACAAUGCCGGUAUCAUGUCAACACCAGACGGCCUUACUCAGGAGGGAUAUGAGAUCCAGUUCGGAACGAACCACAUGGGCCAUGCCCUCUUCACACAGCUCCUGCUCCCGGUGAUGAAGAAGACAGCAAACGAGAACCCAGACGUGAGAAUCGUCUUCCUCUCUUCAGGGGCCGAGGGCUGGGCACCCAAGGACACUUAUCAGUUCGACAAGCUCAAGACGAAGAUGCCCGAGACGGCGAGCCGCUAUCGCUACGGCAUCUCCAAAGUGGCCAACAUCCACUACGCAGCUGCCCUCGCUGAACGUAACCCCGAGAUCAAGGUCGUGAGCGUCCACCCCGGCGUCGUGGAGACCAAUCUCGCCGAAUCCAUCAUCAACAACUCCAAUUUCCUCAUCGGAAUGGUCGUCUACCUCGGGACAAAGGUCGCGGCGGUGAGUCCUCAGAAAGGGGCGCUCAACCAGCUCUGGGCCUCCUUCAGCCCCGACGUCAGGAGCGGCACUUUUUAUCAUCCAGUCGGCGUGACCGGAAAGGGUACCCGUUUCAGCGAGAACAAGGACAAACGGGAACAGCUGUACAAGUGGACGGAGGACGAACUUCGGAGCCACCUGUAG